CAGUCAUAACUAUAAAUAAAUAUAGAAAACUAAGGCAGACAAACUCUCACACCUAUUAGGCUGAGACAUGGAACAACCUCAAGCUACACCACCAAAGACUGCUGAUCUACAGGUCUCCCAGCAGGAGAAGAGGCCCUGUGCCUGAGAAUGGAAGGCGCUCUAGACCCUUAACAAAGAGCACCACAGCAGUCAAAUCAAGAAAGGAACAAAGAUAUUGUAAGAUGUUCAACUCCAGCACAAACUCCUCAGCAAACAACUGCAGUCACAGCACAGUAGUAACUAAGACAGUCAUGCCCCUGGUCUACUGUUUAAUUUUCAUAGUAGGACUCUCGCUGAACAGUGUGGCAGCAUGGAUUUUUCUGUAUGUUUCUAGCAAAAAGAGUUUUAUUGUCUAUCUCAAAAACAUCGUUGUUGCUGACCUCCUAAUGAGCUUGACAUUUCCUUUCAAAAUUCUGGCCGAUUCAGAAAUUGCACCUCCACAGCUCAACACGUUUGUGUGCAGAUAUUCUGCUGUUGUUUUUUAUACAAACAUGUAUAUCGGGAUAACAUUUUUUGGCCUCAUAGGUUUUGACAGAUACUACAAAAUUGUAAAGCCUUUAUUCACCUCCUUUGUUCACACAGUUAACUACAGUAAGGUGGUCUCUAUAAUCGUAUGGUUAUUGUUAAUGCUUAUAUCACUUCCAAAUAUGAUUUUAACUAAUGAAAUCACUAAAGAAAAUUAUUCCAGAAAAUGUAUAGGUCUUAAAAGUGAGCUUGGCAGACAGUGGCACAAGGCGUCAAGUUACAUUUGCACGGGGAUUUUCUGGGUUGUUUUUCUUCUGCUAAUCAUUUUUUACACUUCUAUAUCAAAAAAAAUAUAUAGCUCUUAUAAAAAAUUCAGAAGGAACUCAGAUGUGACCAAGAGAAAAACCAGCCGUAAUAUAUUCAGUAUUAUGUUCGUAUUUGUUAUUUGCUUUGUACCCUAUCACCUCUGCAGAAUACCAUAUACUCUGAGUCAAACUAGCUCACAAUUCAACUGCCAGUCAAAAAAAACUCUGUUCUAUGCAAAGGAGUUUACUCUUGUACUGUCUGCUGCAAAUGUGUGCCUUGAUCCCAUUAUUUAUUUUUUCCUCUGCCUCCCCUUUAAAGAAAAGCUGUAUCAAAAACUGCAUCUCAAGCUGAAAACUGCAAAUGAGGUUGAAAUUUCUAAAUCCAGAAGAUCAAAUACACUUCAGGGAAGUAUAAACAUAGUGUAGGUUCAGGUCUGUGAAAUAAUUCACAUUUCAGAAAUUUAUUCAAGAACGCAAAUGUCUCUAAGAAAACUGAACAGAUGAGAACCAGCAAUAAAACAGAAACAAGGUUUCAGCAUAAAAUACCAAGUGGUGUUUCUCUGUAUAAAACAUUAUUGCAUGUUGCCAAUAUAUUUACUACCUGCUAUUUCAGCUGAUGCUAUGAUUGCAUUAUGGUGUUAUACGACCUAUCUAGAUCUCAAAAAAAGAGAGAGGAAUAACGGGAACACCACAUUCUGGAGCUCCAGGCCAUGGUUCUCUGAACAGAUUACCCAACAGACCAAUAAUCAAACUGAUAUGCUGUUGUUUCUCACAAAGCCAGGCACGACACACAUGAUGAUCAACAAACCAGCCUGAAGGGCCUGGGAACAACGGAUCGCUCCACCUCGGCUGGAGCAGACCCCUCAGAACCAAUAUGAUGAAGUUCAGCACAAGUCUCUCUGACUUGGCCUCCACCAGCCCAUAAAAGAGGACUGAGACCCUGAGGGGAAGCUCUCAUGUAUCUACUAGGUCACAAGGUGUUGAAGACAAUGUGCAGCUUAAGGAAGGACUCUAUUCCAACAACUGGGAGGAAAAACAGAAGAAGAAAAAAAAAAAAGAAAAAAUACACAUCAAAUCCUCGAAGAUCUGCAGAGCCUGAAAACCCCUUGAUAAAAUUUUUAUAUAUAUAUAUAUAUAUAGGCUUUCUUAAGGGAAACUUUCUACAAAAUUAAGAAUUAAACAUGACUAUUUGUCACCCUUGGGCACCAAAUGUCAGAAUGUUUCUAUAAAAUGUGAUGUUCAACAUAAGCAAGUGUUUAAAGAGGAUCCUUCCAUAAACUAAACAGCACAGUUACACUGUACCAUAUUCCUCAGGACUCUUCUGAAAUAACAUGGUGUACACCAAAAAAUGUUCAUACCCAACUGACUGAGAUACUAGUAACUCCCUUGCUGUUGUUGCAGAAGGAGGUAAGAAGACUCAAGGAGCCUUUUGAAAACACAAAUGUACAGCUGUCUAGAAACUCGGGGGUAUAUUUAAAUCCAGAAAGAAUGGUUUGUUGGUUUUCUCAUGCUUUUGGCAUGAUGAUAAAACAUUUCCCUCUGUACAAAAGUAAUAGCUGAAAGCCACCAACCUUCUAUGUAUAAAUAUAAACUCUUUUUUAACUGUA